UAUUUCGGAUUUGGCGCAGCUUGCCAGGCGAUCAGCAAACGGGAUGUCUACGUGAAUUAGUCAGACCUGUUGAAAUUAAAACUCGAUCGUGAUUCCUAAACUCUGUUGCACAAACUUCAAUGAAAGUUACAAAUGGGGCCUGGUUUUUGGACGAGAAAAUUAUACUCCCGAAACAUGACGUUGAAGGUAUUGGUGAGAGUCAUCCUACCGAAUUUUGGUGGUAAUGCCACCAGUUACUAUUGAAAAACCAUCAACACGGUAUGGAUAUGAAUGUAUCGAAUGUUACAUUUGAAGCCACAGAGAGCGUGGUGGAAGAUUGGUCAUGCGGUGGGACGCUAUUAUACCUGGCAACAACAUAUGCAAACUAUUAUCACCCUUACUGCGUCAUUAUUGUUUGUGCAGUUGGUGUUGUUCUAAACACUUUAAAUAUUAUAGUCUUGACACGAAAAGAUAUGGCAACCGCACCAAUUAACAGACUGUUAACGGCGCUGGCGUGGGCGGAUAUGUUACUCAUGAUAGAAUACAUGCCAUCUGCAUGUUACUAUCACAUAGAAUCUAAAGUAAAAGAAUAUCCGUACUGGGGUGCCGUCUACAUAUUGUUUCAUAUCCACUACACUCAAAUUUUUCAUACCAUUUCGAUUUGUUUAACGUUGUCGUUGGCUAUUUGGAGAUUUUUGGCAAUAAGGUACAUGGAAAAGAACCACGUAUUAUGCUCACAUCAGCGCUGUACAGCAACCAUAACUACAUGCUUUACAUUGCCCUUUUUCUUGUGCGCACCGUACUACCCAACAUUGAAAAUAAAUACCGCCAUUGUACUGGAAAAUAACGUUAACUAUAGUUUGUAUCACGUUGUGCUGAGUGAUCUUGUGAACGAGGAUAAAACGCUAUUGACCAUCAAUUUCUGGUAUUUGGCAAUAGUUAUGAAAUUGCUUCCGUGUCUUAUUUUGAUUGUCAUAAGUAUAUGGCUAAUCAGGACUCUGUUCAGAGCCAAAAAACGAAGAGGUAUACUAAAAGGGUACGACAAUAAGCUCCUAAUAUCCUGCAGCAAAGACAAUGUAAGAACGUCCAAAGUUGAACGGCGAGCUGACCGUACUACGAAGAUGCUGAUUGCCGUUUUAUUUCUUUUUUUGCUAACCGAACUUCCGCAAGGGUUAUUUGCCUUGGUGAUUGGUUUGAGAGGGAAAGAAUUAUUUUUGACGUGCUACCAGCACUACGGCGAAGUUAUGGAUAUUUUGGCACUUCUCAAUGGUUGUAUCAACUUCGUGCUAUACUGUUGCAUGAACCGUAUGUUCAGGGUUACCUUUGGAGUGCUCUUUAAGAGUAAAAUAUUUAAUAAAUGGUCCACGUCAACGAUAUCGGACACGCAAUCUGCGAUAGUCGGAGGCCACCGCACCAACACAACGACUGUUUAAAAGGCUUGUAUUUUUAGUGUCUGUGUAUGUCAACGCUUAUAAAGCGUUUAGUUAAAAAAAAGUAAAAUAAAUGUAAACAGAUUUGCAUGUACUAUCCAAAAAAUCGAUGUAUCUGACUUACAAUACAUGU